AUGUCUGGCAUCGAUCCCAACGCUCGAAAAGAAGUCAACGACGCGAUUAUCAACGCCGGAAGCGCGGCGGUCGGACAGAUGAUUGACACGGCUAACUCGUCGGUCGAAAAGCGUCGCAAGAACAGAGAUGAGCGAGCCAAACGCGAGGCUGAAGAAAAAGCUGCGAAGGAUAAGGCGGAUGCUGCUGUUCGUACUCCUCCCACCUUCUGGGGCUUCGGUGCUCUCUUUCUUAGAGCUUGCAACAUGCUAACAAAGACCUUCAACAGAAAGACGACACCUCUGCUUAGAAAGAUUCGAACCAUGGAUACAAACGCUCUUGUCGACAUCAUUCACGAGGUCCAAGCUCAGUUCUGGGUUGACAAAGUCAACGAAACCCAUCGAACCGGCCGUCUGUGUAAAUGGGUGUCAACUUUCCAUCCCGACCGGCUUCCCUGUCAACUCGACGGCACCUUUCAUCAUGGCGCGUUCAAUGCGGGCAUGAAGAUGGUCUUCAGCGAUAAUACUGCCUGGAUGGUUCGUUUCCCCCGAGUGGGGAUGGUCAGCGACGACUACGCUGAUGAAAAAGUUGCCAUGGAGGUGGCAGCCUUGAAUCUCAUUGCCAGCAGAACUAGCAUCCCAGUGCCCAGAGUACAGGCCUGGGGUCCCGCUAUAAGCAACGAACUGGCCCUAGGUCCCUUCAUUAUGAUGGAUUUUGUUGAUGGGGUGAGCCUUAGCGAGCUGCUCCGAGAUCCCAAUGCCGAACGCCCCACCAGGCUUAUGAGGGAGGAUAUUAGUGAUAGCGAUAUUGAAUCCAUUUAUAGACAGUUGGCCACGUUCUUACUUCAAAUAUUCGAGUUGGAUUUUGAUCAGAUUGGAAGUCUGCCUUCGCCAGAAGCUGGAGCUGCAAGUCCCACACCGAGACGCCCGUUGACAUUCAAGGCACAUAGCAUUCUACAAAACGGGGGGGUUGACACAUUUGGCGACCGAAGUCAGGGAUUCGCAACCGUAAACGAGUAUUUCCAAUAUGUCAUCGGUCAGGACUGGGAACAACUUGUCCAUCAACCCAACUCAAUUUUUGGCUCAUACGAUGCUCAAAAUAAAUACAUGGCAUUCAAGGCUUUGCGAAACUCGAUACCUGAUUUGGUUCACGAACAGUAUGAUAAGCGCAAUUUCAAACUGAUUUGCGAUGAUCUCGGCCUCGCAAACCUGAUCGUACGGAGCAAAGAAGAUCUUACCGUCGUCGGCGUCGUGGACCUAGAAUGGUCGUAUAUCGGACCCGCGCAGCUGUUCGGAUCUGCGCCUUGGUGGCUCCUCCAAGACCGACCUGUCAACAGUUCAUGGGAUUAUACAGGCGACGAACCGCCCAAAAUUGCCGAUCGGUAUCUCAAGUAUCUGAAUAUUUUCAUUCGUGUCUUAGAGGAAGAAGAGGCACGUAUGUCCGAACAUGCAGAGAAGGAGCUUUCUGGUCUAGUUAAGUGGUCACAAGCCUCUGGAGCCAUGUGGCUGCAUAUGCUCAUAUCAUCCGGCUUCAACGACCAUCGUAGUUUUCCUUUUACGCAACUGCGGCGACAUCUCGGGCCCGCUAAAUGGGCACAAUACGAGAGGGGAUGUGGAAGCGCAGAAGAGCUUGACGCAUUCGCAGCACGGAAAGUGAUCCAGUUGGACGAGUACGACGAAGCCUUGGAGAAGAAAGAGGAGGAAAAAGCGCUCGUGGAUAGUGGAAAAAUGACGAAGGAGGCUUUCAUUGCCAAUGCUCUGUCAUUAUCCGAUGAACCGUGCCAUUCGGAUAUUACUACUCCGGUCAAAAUCGAGAUGGGAAGACGCGAGGGUCUCAUUCACAGAGUGGCUAUUUGGCUCGGCUUGAGGGCGGCAUAG